UACCCCUGUUUCUACAUCUCUCUCUCUCUUUCUCUCUCAAAAGAAGAAAGAAAAAGAAAAACCCCUACAUUUGUAUUCCAUCAAAAGCUUUAGAUUGGUUUGUUCUAAUACACAAACAAAACCCACCACCAAAACCCCCGCUCAACAGAUAGACCAUGGAACAAAAAGAAAAGAACAAGAACAAGAAGCAAAAGCACCAGCACCCAAAUGACCAAACCACUAAACCAAACUCAGAUUUCUCUUUCAAGCCGAGCUCCGACGUAAAGGGUCUCCGGUUCGGCGGCCAGUUCAUCGUGAAAUCGUUCACGAUCCGGCGGGCUAGGCCUCUUGAACUUCUACAGCUCCUUUCUUUUCCACCAACUAACCCCAAACCCAACAACAACAACAAUAAACUCCCUUUUCCUUCAACCACUGCUUUCUUGCCCACAAACUUCACGAUCUUGGCACACCAUGCCUGGCACACCCUCACACUAGGCCUCGGCACGAAGAAAUCCAAAGUACUUCUAUUCGUCUUCGAAUCGGAGAUCAUGAAGACGGCUACAGACCGUGUUUGGCCAUCGGAGAUACCGCUCGGACAAGUGAACAAGAGGCUUAUCAGGGGCUUGACCGGGUGCGAGAUGGCUAGGUUUAAGUUCAGAAAAGGUUGCAUUACGUUUUAUGUGUAUGCGGUUCGGCAAGUGGGCUGCUUCGGGUUCUCAUGCGCCGAUGAUCUAAGGACGAUAUUACAGUCUGUGGUUGCGCUCAAGGAUUUUCUUGACCACACUGCCAUGCUCGCCAUGCCCAACCAAAGAAGCAUUAGCUAUGCGCCUCCUGUGGCCAUGGUUCACUAGGCAAAUUUCUUUUUU